AUGUCGUCAUACGCCAAAGAGCUUGAGAUUGCUCAGCUGGCCGUGCAGCGCGCCGCCAUCCUCACAAAGCGGGUCUUCCACGAGAAGGCCAAGGGCACCGUGUCCAAGGACGACAAGUCGCCCGUCACCAUCGGCGACUUCGGCGCCCAGGCCCUCAUCAUCGCCGCCCUCAAGCACAACUUCCCGGAAGACGAGAUCGUCGCCGAGGAGGAGGCCGCUCAGCUCCGCGAAGAUGCCAACCUGCGCUCUACCAUCUGGGACAUUGUGAAGGGCACCUCGCUCUCUGAUGCGGAUGCCGAGGCCGCGCUUGGUGGCCCUAUCAAGAGUGAGGAUGAUAUGCUCACUUUCAUUGACUACGGAAACAGCAAGGGCGGUGCUAAGGGAAGGAUAUGGGCUAUUGACCCCAUUGACGGUACCAAGGGUUUCCUCCGAGGCGGACAGUACGCCGUGUGCCUGGCGCUGAUGGUUGAUGGUGAUGUCAAAGUCGGUGUUCUGGGCUGCCCCAACCUACCAAUCGAUGACGCCGCUCCUCUCACAGGAGGUAUGGAGUCAGGUCAGACCGAUGAGGGCAAGGGUUGCCUCUUUUCUGGCGUGUUGGGCGAGGGCGCCACAAGCCGUCCCUUGACUACAGGCGGGCUUGCAUCGUCUCAGAAGAUUUCCAUGAAGGCCAUUACAGACAUUGCUGCAGCUAGCUUCUGUGAAAGUGUUGAAGCUGGUCACUCGUCUCACGGCGACCAGGCUGAGAUUGCCAAGAAACUAGGAAUUACUAACCCUAGCGUGAGAAUGGACUCACAGGCCAAGUACGCUUCGAUUGCCCGAGGCGCUGGUGAUAUCUACUUGCGACUGCCGGUUAAGGCGACAUACCAGGAGAAGAUCUGGGAUCACGCCGCGGGCGACCUCAUCGUCCGAGAGACCGGCGGUGCUGUCACAGACAUUCACGGCAAGCGACUAGACUUCAGCAUUGGCAGGACACUAGCCAACAACAAGGGAGUUGUUGCCGCACCCACUGGUGCCCAUGCUCAAGUUCUUACCGUUGUACAAGAGGUCCUCGGCAUCAAAUAA